AUGGCAGGCGCGAUGCUUCGUACCUACCUCCGUACCUACCUCCGUGCCUUCAUAGCUAAGAAACAAAAUGCAAAAAAACGUGCGAGGCUCGAAGCCGAAGCUUUUGCAGCAGCUGAAGCUGCAACCGCCGCACUCGCUCCCGGCGGCCUUGCCGACACCAUUGGACAGCUCCAAGUGGCUGUCGCCGUCGAAUCCGAACAGAACGAACAGAACGAACAGAAGAACGAUGCCGUGAUCGGACAGGAAGAAAACCUCGCGGGUCCCGGGGCCAGUUCUCCAGACGUUUCUUCUUCUACGAGCCAGAGCAGCGGCGCCCUCAAGCGAGCCGCACCCCACGACGAGCAGGAAGACGACGGCGGCGGUUGGCAGAAGGUCGAACGCGCCAGCAAGAAGGCUAAGAAGAUUCCCCGUGACGGCUCGAAUUCCUACCCUGCCAUAUCAUUUUUCUCCGCCGCGAAGCUCUACUCCAAGAUCAAUAUCGCCCAGCUACGCGACCUCAUCCUCUACAUCUUCGCCGACGGUCCUGCGCCGCAAUGGGUGGCCGUUCAGCAUCGCCCGCAGUUCCGAAAGAUUGUCGUCGUAACGGUCCCCGGCCUCGAGGAGGCCAUGUUCACCGAAAAGGUCAACUUCGACACCUACAACUCGACUCCCCCCAAGGACGAGAACCGCUCCAUCACGUCUCCGGACGAUUUCUACCCCCGUCUGCUCAAGUCGGAAUGGCUGCCCGAUGUCCUCAAGCCCUUUGUCGACAUGUUCCCCCACCUCUGGCCCGUCCGUGCCCCCGGAGACGAUAAGCAUAUGAAGUUGCACUCGCCCCUCGGCACCUUCCUCACCGCCCCGCUGCCCAAGGAUAAGGCCAAAGGCGUCAAGGCGGCAAAAGAACCUCACGGCUGGAAGAACGAACGCACCCGCAUAACCGAAUACCUGGCCUCGGAGGAGGAGCUCGAGUCGAACGGCCAUCUCCUCCAUCCCGCUCUGAUCCAGGAUCCCGACAGGCGCGCCGCCUUCCAACCCCCCCAGGGCUGGGUCGCCACCCGCGUCGAGUCACUCGAAGACGCCCAGGUGCCCGAAGAAGAGGUCGAACAGGGGAGCGUGACCGCAGGUCGUGACUGUCUGGCGCUGGACUGCGAAAUGUGCAUGACCGGCGAAGACGAAUACUCCCUCACCCGUAUCAGCGUCCUGGCGUGGUCGGGCGAGAUCAUCAUGGACGAGCUGGUCAAGCCAGAAAAGCCCAUCACAAACUACGUCACCCACUUCUCCGGCAUCACCGAAGCCAUGCUGGCCCCCGUCACCAUCACUCUCCAAGAUAUCCAAGCCAGACUUCUCGACCUCAUCACCCCUCGCACCAUUCUCAUUGGCCAUUCCCUCGAGUCCGACCUCAAAGCCCUCCGUCUGUCGCACCCCUUCAUCGUCGAUACGAGCCUGAUCUACCCGCACCCGCGCGGCCCUCCGCUCAAGUCCUCCCUCAAGUGGUUGACGCAAAAAUACCUGCAUCGCGAAAUUCAGCGCGGUGGCGCCCAGGGCCACAACCCCGUCGAGGACGCACGCGCUUGCCUUGACCUUGUGCGGCAGAAAUGCGAGAAGGGGAAGCUCUGGGGCACAUCAGACGCGCAAGGGGAGAACCUGUUCCGCCGCCUCGCUCGAGCGGGCACCUCCUAUAAAGCCCAAGCCGGCGAGAGCGCUCUGGGUGGCUUGGCCACGGGCAAAAGCACCGCGGCCAUCGACUGGGGCGAACCUUCCAAGGGACCCGGCGCCGGAGCUACGCAUCGGAUCGGUUGCAAGUCCGACGAAGAUGUCGUCCAGGGCGUGAUCCGCGCCGUCCAGGGCGAUCCAGAUGGCCGCGAGAUCCGCGGCGGAGGCGUUGACUUCGUCUGGGCGCGCAUGCGAGAGCUUGAAGCCCAUCAGGGUUGGUGGAAUACCAACCGGUCCGACCAGUCCAACAGCGACGGCGGCCCGCCAUCCAACACGGAUCCCCGCAACGGCGACGGCGGGGACACUGACCCGGCGCUACAGCAGCACCAGCACCAGCAGCAGCAGCAGCACCAGCGCCAGCAACCACAACUGGCCGAUGAGAAUGACGCCGAUCCCCGCUCGUCCCUGGAGCAGUGCCUUGCCCGUCUCACCGACCGGCUGCAGCGCAUCCACGCGGCUCUUCCCAAAUGCACCGCUUUCAUCGUCUUCUCCGGCUCUGGGGACCCGAGGGAGAUGGCACGGCUGCAAGCCUUGCACGCCCAGUGGAAAAGGGAAUACAACACCCCUGGUCGCAAGUGGGACCAGCUCAGCGUCAAGUGGACCGAUGCGGAAGACCAGGCUCUGCGCCGGGCGGUCCGGCGGGCACGAGAAGGCAUCGGUUUCGUAUCAGUGAAAUGA